GUGACUUAUCGCCACAACUGUCAGAUUCUGUGACUCGUGAGUGAAUACACAACCUUCUUUCUCUCGAAUAUUCCAAAAUCUGAUUUCGUUUCAAUAAUUCUGCAAAAAGAUGGCUUCAAUAAGUUUACUCAAUCCGAAGGCAGAGUUUGCUCGUGCUGCACAAGCAUUGGCAAUAAAUAUCAGUGCGUCGAAAGGUCUUCAAGAUGUGAUGAAAACUAAUCUCGGCCCGAAGGGAACAAUGAAAAUGCUGGUCUCCGGUGCUGGUGACAUCAAGAUAACAAAAGACGGAAACGUUCUGUUGCACGAAAUGCAAAUUCAACAUCCAACUGCUUCGUUGAUUGCUCGUGCCAGUACUGCACAAGAUGAAACAACUGGCGAUGGAACUACGUCAACUGUUUUACUGAUUGGUGAAUUGUUGAAGCAAGCUGAUAUCUUCGUGACGGAAGGCCUUCAUCCACGUAUAUUGACCGAAGGUUUCGAUAUUGCUCGGAACAAAGCAUUGCAAAUUUUGGAUUCGAUGCGAUAUCCCGUUGAGAUUAACCGAAAAAAUCUCAUUGAUGUGGCCCGAACGUCGCUUCGUACGAAAGUGGACACCGAACUUACCGAUGUUUUAGCUGAUGCCUGUGUCGAUGCUGUUUUGGCCAUUUACAAAGACAAACCGGUCGAUCUCUAUAUGGUUGAAUUGAUGGAAAUGCAGCACAAAACCGCCCUCGAAACCCAAUUGAUCAAAGGUCUGGUACUGGACCAUGGCUGCCGGCAUCCGGAUAUGCCUCGUCAGUUGAAAAACGCUUACAUUCUGACGUGCAACGUUUCCAUGGAAUAUGAAAAGUCCGAAGUCAACUCUGGCUUCUUCUACAAAACGGCCGAGGAACGGGAAAAGUUCAUUUUGGCUGAGAGAGACUUCAUCGAUCAACGCGUCAAGAAAAUCAUCGAAUUGAAGCGGAAAUUGUGCGACGGUACGGACAAGACAUUUGUGGUUAUCAAUCAGAAAGGCAUCGAUCCAAUGUCCUUGGAUCAGUUGGCGAAAGAGGGAAUCAUGGCUUUGCGUCGUGCCAAGCGUCGUAACAUGGAACGAUUGGCGUUAGCUUGCGGUGGCACAGCAUUGAACUCGUUUGAUGACAUCGACGAAUCGUCUUUGGGCUAUGCCGGUUCAGUGUACGAGCACACAUUGGGUGAAACGAAGUACACCUUUGUCGAAGAGUGUAAGACUCCGAUGUCAGUGACCAUUUUGAUAAAGGGUGCCAACAAGCAUACCUUGGUGCAAAUAAAAGAUGCCAUCCGUGAUGGUCUACGCGCCAUUAACAAUACCAUUGACGAUAAGUGUCUUAUUCCCGGUGCCGGUGCAUUCGAAGUCCGAGCUUACAAUCAGUUGAUGAAGUACAAGGACGAAAUUAAGGGAAAAGUGCGUCUCGGAGUCCAAGCUUACGCCGAAGCCUUGUUGGUCAUACCGAAAACGUUGGCCGUCAAUUCGGGCUACGAUGUGCAGGACACAAUUGUGAAAUUGCAAGAGGAAGAUCGUCUGAAUCCGGAACCAAUUGGAUUGGAUUUGUCUACCGGCGAAGCAAUGAAACCGAUAGAUUUGGGCGUUUUCGAUAAUUAUAUUGUUAAGAAACAAAUCCUCAAUUCAUGUUCGAUCAUCGCCAGUAACCUGCUGCUUGUCGACGAAAUAAUGAGGGCUGGAAUGACUAGCCUGAAAGGAUAAUUUGUGGAAAUUUUGAAUAUUUUUUCCUUCAUUAAUUUUGUUUAAGUGCUUCUAACAAACUAAUCAUUUUCUUAAAAAAAAAAACAAUUAGCUCAUCGCUCACUACCCAGCCUAUGUACUUGCAUUCUUUUGUGAACAAAUAAAUCACGUUUUUGUCUA